CUGAGUUUCCUGGUUUGUAUCGAGUUAUACUGUGUACUACACAAAUGCUUUGACGUUUGUUGUGCCCUGAAUUGGUGACAUUUUGAUGCACUGAAUUGGUGACAUUUUGACGCAAUGGGGAUAUGUUCAAGGCGCAGUUCCAUGGAGGAGACCACCAAAGAAUUCAACUCCAACGGCUGCUUCAUCCUACUGAUGUCGUUCAGCAUCGUUGCGCAGUGGGGAGGUGUGUUAAAGAGUCUGGGAGUGCUUCUUCCCGUGUUGACUGAUCAGUUUACCGACCACGUCUGGCUGACCGGAAUAGCCAUAUCGGUCAUGGUAGUAUCAGUCGAUAUAGCUGGUCUGUUCAGCACACUCCUUGAAGACAAGUUCGGCAGUCGACGGAUGAUAAUUCUGAGCACGCUCAUGGUUGGUGUGGGAUUAGUGCUGGUUCCACUAGCUACGAGUAUCAUACACAUCGCUGUUAUUUUAGCCGCUGUGGUUGGCCCAGGCUUUGGGAUCAGUUAUGUUCUAGGUAAGGCUACUCUGGGACGUUCCUUUAGUAAGCGGUACAGUCUGGCCAGUGGAAUAAGCCACACGGGACAAGUACUCUCGUUGCUUGCUUUUGCACCAAUGAUGCAGCUUUUUCUCGAUACCUAUGGCUGGAGAGGAGCCACCUUGCUUCUUGCCGGGGUUUGCUUUCAUCCAGCAGUCUGUGCUAUACUUGCCAGAGAAAAACAACCACAGUACGAGCUACCAGUAGAUCAACAUGACCAGCAGGAACCAAACAGCACCUGUAGGGUCUGCCUCGGAUCUUGUUUCACUCGUGCAUUGUCAACUCUGGAUCUGCGAAUACUUCUUCAGUUCAAUUUCUGGGUAGUUUUCAGUUGCACGUUUGGGAUUCGUUUCGUAAAUACCGCUUGGUUCCUGUUUUACGUUUCUAAUCUUCAAUCCAAGGGUUUCUCACCCCAAGCGUCUGCUGCGAUAUGCUCGGCUUCGGGCGUCGGCUAUUUUUGGGGAUGCGUCCUGUUUGCGCCUUUUGUUGAUAGAGGCCUCGUGAAGUGUUCGACAGCAGUGAUAAUAAGCAGCCUGGCACAGAGUCUGUCGCUUGUCUUAGAUCCAUGGUUAAAGGACACACUGAGCGUGACCGUAUUGACCGUUUUAUACGGUCUGUCCUCAUCAUCGCUGUUUACCUUAUCUGAUGUGCUUACCAAGGAACUAUUAGGUGGAGACAGACUGACAAGUGCGUUCUCGUGGAUUGGAUUUCUUGGAAUGCUGGCAAACAUCCUCGGGGGAUUUUUACCAGGUUGGAUAUACGACACGACCGGCAGCUAUGACCUGACGUUCAUCAUUAUGGGCAUUACACCAGCUGUAGCUCUCAUUCCCCUGGUCAUUGGAAGAAUCACGAAACGGGUAUGAGAUAUGGAUAAGGCACUGUAAAUAAAUUAGUAAACAAAUUGUCAAAUUGAAAAGGACUAAAACUGCCGCAAACUGCUUAUAUAUACUGACUGGAUUGACGUUCAAUAUAGUAAUGGACAAAAUGAGAGGGCGUAACAUUUCAGAUCCGAGCAUGACCUUUCUGAAAGACAAAAUUACAGUAGUUCACAAACAAACAAACAAA